AUGCUCUCAAAAGUACAGAGAUCUCUUAGACCCUUGUCAGCCCUGUGUGUCACUCGAGCAGUGCAUAAGUCUGCAUUGGAUGUGAUGGAGCGGCCUUCCUCUGAGGAGACGGUGACGAACAGCUUCGGCCGGUUCAUCCAGAGCGUGCAGCCCCGACAUCUCUCCCAGACGGUUCUGAGGAGGAGCAAGCGCAUGGUGCUGGACAGUAUCGGUGUGGGUCUACUGGGCAGCACCACCGAGGUCUUCGACUUGGCCCUCCAGCACUGCCAGCAUAUGUAUGCUCCUGACGACAUCAGCUCCGUCUACGGGCGACCCGGCACAAAACUAUCCCCAACCUUGGCAGCCUUCGUGAACGGAGUGGCGGCUCACUCCAUGGACUUUGACGACACCUGGCACCCGGCAACCCACCCGUCUGGAGCCGUGCUGCCCGCUCUCCUGGCCAUCAGCGACAUGCUGCCUAGCAACAGCAAGCCGAGCGGACUCGACUUCCUCGUGGCGUUCAACGUGGGUAUCGAGGUCCAGGGGCGGCUGAUGAGGUUCUCCAAUGAAGCCCAUAACAUCCCCAAAAGGUUUCACCCCCCCAGUGUGGUGGGCACUAUGGGAAGUGCCGCCGCCUGUUCCCGUCUGCUUUCUCUGGAGCGUGCCCAGUGCAGCCAUGCCCUGGCUAUUGCCGCGUCUCUGGCCGGUGCCCCCAUGGCCAACGCCGCCACGCAGUCCAAACCUCUCCACAUCGGCAACGCGUCCCGUCUCGGCCUGGAGGCGGCUCUGCUGGCGUCACGUGGCCUGGAGGCCAGCCCUAAGGUCUUAGAUGCAGUUCCAGGUGUGGCUGGGUUCAGUGCAUUUUACGAGGACUACGCUCCACAGUCCAUGAGUUCUCCGGCUGAGGGGGAGCCCAGGUUUCUGCUGGAGGACCAAGACAUUGCUUUCAAACGCUUCCCUGCUCACCUGGGCAUGCACUGGGUGGCAGACGCAGCUGCGUCCGUCCACGAAACGCUGGUGGGCGUCACGGCCGGCACCGUCUCCCCGAACUUGGUACGGGACAUCCUCCUGAGGGUGCCGCGCUCCAAGUACAUCGACCGGCCCUUCCCGGAAUCCGAGCACCAGGCACGCCACUCCUUCCAGUUCAACGCCUGCAGCGCCCUGCUGGACGGCGAGGUGACGGUGCAGUCCUUCACCCCCGAGGCCAUGGCUCGACCCGAUCUCCGAGCGAUGCUGUCCCGCGUGAGGGUGGAGCACCCCGGCGACAACCCGGCGAAUUUCGACCGCAUGUACGGCGAGGUGCAGGUGACGCUGGUCGGCGGGGACGUGCUGGUGGGCCGAUGCGACACGUUCUACGGCCACUGGCGAAACCCCCUGACCAAUGAGAGCCUGCAAAAGAAGUUUCGCAACAACGCUGGUGCAGUUCUGCCCCCGGACAGGGUGGAGGGGCUCCUGGAGGCUGUGGAGGGACUGGAGCAACUGGACGACUGCAAACCACUAUUAGCACAACUGCAGUAG